CUUCCGGCCCGGGGGCGCCUCCAAUGGCAAGGGAAAUGGCGGCGGCGGCGACUUCCGCUCCGGGGCCGGAAGGGCUGGCGGUCCGGCCGUCGGGAGGCGGAGGCGAUGCGGGGCCCGCAGCUGAAGCGGAAGCAUGUCAGGGGGCCGCAGGGACAGCACCAGCAGCCUCCAGCGGAAGAAGCCCCCGGGUCUCAAGCUGGACAUCCCCCUGCCAACCUCCCUGAGGGCCAGAGGGGCCGCCGAGGAGCCAGCCUUGGCACAGGGGUCCGACCUGCCCUCGGGGUUCCUCUGGCAGCCCCCCAGGCGCCAGGCCUUCCUCCGGAGCGUCAGCAUGCCUGCCGAGAACACCUGCCUCCCGUCUCCCCACCACGAGGGCCGCCGGCUGGGGCUCCAGCGCCAGACCUCCAUCACCCAGACCAUCCGGAGCUCUCUCUCCUUUGCGGCAGGCAGGUGCACUUUGAGAGGACUCAGACCCUGCCCAUUCACGGGCACCAGGUGGGCAGGAGGCUCUGUCUGAGAAAGCGCCCGUCACUGCCCAGAACACUCCUCAGGGGCACGGCGGACUGGUUUGGCAUCAGCAAGGAGAACGAUGCCACGCAGAAAUGGCAACGGAAGACCCUGCGCCAUUGCAGCCUGCGGUAUGGCAAGCUGAAGCCCCAAGUCAUCCGUGAAAUGGACCUCCCUAGUCAGGACAACAUUUCUUUGGCCAGCACUGAGACGCCACCCCCUCUUUACGUGCCCCCUUACCAGCUGGGCAUGCAAAGGAUCAUUGACCCGUUGGCACGCGGGAGGGCAUUCCGGAUGGCUGAGGAGAGCGACAGCUACAGCGCGCCCCAUACUCCCAUCACGCCAGGGGCCACUUCGCUCUGUUCCUUCACCAGCUCCCGGUCGGGCUUCAACCGUUGGCCCCGGAGGCGGAAGCGGGAGUCGGUGGCCAAGAUGAGUUUCCGAGCUGCAGCUGCCCUCAUGAAGGGCCGUUCUGUGAAGGACAGCACCCUCUGGAGGGCCCGACCCCGCAGCUUCACCCCGGCCAGUUUUUUGGAGGAAGACACAGUGGACUUUCCGGAUGAGCUGGACACCUCCUUCUUUGCUCGGGAAGGAGUCCUGCACGAAGAGUUCUCAACAUACCCCGAUGAAGUUUUUGAGUCGCCCUCUGAAGCUGCCAUCAGGGAAACGGACAUGAAGAUCCAGCUGGACCAGCCGGCUCUCACAGGAGGCGCAUUGGACAGAAGUGAGCUGGAGAGGAGCCACCUGAUGCUCCCCCUGGAGCGCGGCUGGCGGAAGCAGAAGGAGGGCUCAGCAUUGCAUAUGCAGCCCAAGGUGCGCCUGCGGCAGGAGGUGGUGAGCCUGGGACUGCAGCGGCGUGGCCAGCGCAUCACAGUGCCAGUGCGCAAGUUCUUUGCCAAGGAGAAGCGUCCCUACGGCCUGGGCAUGGUGGGCCGGCUGACCAACCGGACAUAUCGCAAGCGCAUUGACAGCUUCGUCAAGCAGCAGAUUGAGGACAUGGAUGACCACCGGCCGUUCUUCACCUACUGGGUCACCUUUGUCCACUCCCUCAUCACCAUUCUGUCCGUGUCCAUCUAUGGAAUUGCUCCCGUGGGCUUUUCCCAGCAUGAGACGGUGGAUUCGGUCUUGAGAAACCGUGGUGUUUAUGAGAAUGUGAAAUACAUCCAGCAGGAGAACUUCUGGAUCGGGCCCAGCUCAGAAGCUCUCAUCCACUUGGGCGCCAAAUUUGCCCCCUGCAUGAGGCAGGACCAGCAGGUGCACAGGUUCAUCAGUGCUGCCCGCGAGCGGGAGAAACACUCGGCCUGCUGCGUGCGGAAUGACAAGUCUGGCUGCCUCCAGACGGCCGAGGAGGAGUGCUCCUCCACCUUGGCUGUGUGGGUGAAGUGGCCACGCCAUCCCAGUGCCCCCCUGCUGGCAGGAGAUAAGCGGCAGUUUGGAUCAGUGUGUCACCAGGACCCCAGGGUAUGUGAGCAGCCGGCUUCCAUGGAUCCCCAUGAGUGGCCAGAUGACAUCACCAGGUGGCCAAUCUGCACCAAGAACAGUGCUGGCAACCACACCAACCACCUCCACAUGGACUGUGUGAUCACUGGUCGGCCUUGCUGCAUCGGCACCAAGGGAAGGUGUGAGAUCACCUCGCGGGAGUACUGCACCUUCAUGCAUGGCUACUUCCAUGAAGAGGCCACUCUCUGCUCCCAGGUGCACUGCAUGGAUGAUGUUUGUGGUCUCCUCCCCUUCCUCAACCCAGAGAUCCCGGAUCAGGUCUACCGGCUUUGGUUGUCACUCUUCCUUCAUGCGGGGAUCCUGCACUGCCUGGUGUCCGUCUGCUUCCAGAUGACCAUCUUGCGAGACUUGGAGAAACUGGCUGGCUGGCAUCGCAUCUCCAUCAUCUACCUGCUGAGCGGCAUCACAGGCAACCUGGCCAGCGCCAUUUUCCUGCCAUACCGUGCAGAGGUGGGCCCCGCCGGGUGCCAGUUUGGCAUCCUGGCCUGCCUCUUUGUGGAGCUCUUCCAGAGCUGGCAGAUCCUGGCGCGACCCUGGCGGGCUUUCUUCAAGUUGCUGGCGGUGGUGCUUUCCCUCUUCGCCUUUGGCCUCCUGCCCUGGAUCGACAACUUUGCCCACAUCGGUGGCUUCGUCAGCGGCCUCUUCCUCUCCUUCGCCUUCCUGCCCUACAUCAGCUUUGGCAAGUUUGACCUGUACCGAAAGCGCUGCCAGAUCAUCGUCUGCCAGCUGGUCUUUGCUGGUUUGCUCUCAGGCCUGGUGGUGCUCUUCUACGUCCAUCCGCUCCACUGCGAAUGGUGCGAGGUCCUCACCUGCCUCCCCUUCACCGACAAGUUCUGCGAGAAGUACGACCUGGACGCCCAGCUCCACUGAGGCCGGCCGGGGCUGGCGUCCGUGGUGCCCCCCAUUGCCUUAGCUCAGAGACUGUAUUCUGCCAAGGGAAGGUCUGUGCCUUGUUCGGUUUUACUGAACCCUUUUUGCUGCCAUAUUUUUAUUACUGCUAAUGCCAAAGUGGCCUUUUUAAUGAGAUUUAUUACUUGUUGCCCAGGUGGCGAUUAAAUACACAAAGUAGCGUUUUAGCUACGUUUACAAA